GAUACUGUCGACAUGAUCAUGGUCAUGAAGUAGCCGAAGGAAACAAGUAAGUACUGUAGGAAGCGCCCAUUCAGCUUUCCUUGCCACGACGACCAUGUCCCCCUACUCGCGACACAGACGAAUACCCUCAUCUCUACCUCUAAUCCUCCUCGCAGCUCUUAUUGUACUCCUUCAAUCGACACAAACUUAUGCCAUCAAAUUUGAGCUGCCAGCAUACCGAUUUCCACCACCGAAAUGCAUCUGGAAUGCCGCACAUCCAGGUGCACUUGUGAUUGUAACAGCCAACGUUGGUCCUGGAGACAAUCAACGAGUGGAUAUAGAAAUCAUCGAUGCCGGACCACAUAAGAAUACCUAUCUGAGUAAAAAGGGAAUUAAAGGCGAGGCGAGGUUUGCUGUUACAGCUCAUUCGGAGGCGGAUGUCGGUGUUUGCUUUAAGAACUACCUGGAUCCCGGCGUUACGGGUGCCGGACGUGUCUCGAAAGUUAUUGACCUCGACGUUGACAUUGGUGCCGAUGCAGUCGACUACAAUGCAAUAGCCAACCAAGAAUCACUCUCAGGUCUAGAGACUGAGAUGCGAAAACUGGAAGGUGUCGUGAAGGAGAUUGUUGACGAGUUAGACUACCUCAAAUCGCGGGAAGAGCGGUUUCAGGCAACAAACAUGUCAACAAACCGACGGGUGCAGACCUUCGCGUGGCUCACGCUUCUCUCGCUUAUUGGACUUGGCGUCUGGCAAAUCUUCCACUUACGCGCGUUCUUCAAGAGGAAAUAUCUCAUUGAUUGAGGGUCCUAUCUAUUUGAUUGGGUAGUAUGGUGGACUUCAUAUAAAUGCAUAAUAUUUCGCUGCCCUCCACAUUGCUGUCCUCAUUCCAAGAUUGUCACGGUUCAGUUAAGACUUCAAUUUUCGGUAUGACCCACUUAUUUGUACACGUGCUGACUACUUCAUCAGUAAUUACAGCCUGCAGCCUCCUACUUUCUUUUUCGUUUACUCCCCAUACACCAAGUCUGAGAGUCUAUUGACAUGAUUACUCUUCCCGGAUACCCGACGAUUCAGCUAUCUCAAAACAGGACCGCUGCAUCGGACCUAUGCCUCUGUACUAGUCAAGUUGCAGAUUCUCUGACCAAGACGCAAACCUCUCAGCCGUAUCGAUGUACUCUUUACCCUUCUUCCUCAAUGCAUCGACAGCGUCCUCUCCGAUAGGGAACCUAAUAGGAGGGUCAGACAACGAAGAGAACUCGUAUAGCUUCUGCAUCGCUUUAGCAGGGUCUGAACCUUCCGCCUGAGGGUUCUCCAGAUAACCCCGCAAGACAUUGCCGGGUAAAGUGGGUUUGGUGUAUGCCGGAUGAGGGGGUAGCAGAGAUCCAUUGACGGCCAUAUUAGGUGUCGCCUUGGUAGCGAAGUACCCGGGUUCAAUGAGGGUGAUCUUUCGAGGAAUAUGAUUCGGACUGCAAGAACCAGGCGAGUAGGUGGAUAAAUACCCAUACCUUGAUAUUCCAGUCAGGAUCAAGUUCCUUGGCUAAUGCAUCAUGAACACCCUCCAACGCUGACAGUUGGCG